ACCUUUAAUUCAGUGAGCUCAAAGCUUAGCAGCUUCGCUGUCGUCGUUAGGCGUAAACAGCUUGCAAAUUCGAAUUUUUUACUCUCCCCAUUUUUGAACUGGAUUUGGGCAAUGGAGGUGAACGCAGCAUUUUAGAAGAGAGAACAGGAAUCUCUAGGUGUUUAGAUACGUGGAAGAGAAACUUGUAACGGGUUGGUGAAGCAGAAGAGAGGAUUCAACAGAGGGAUGCGCUUGAAAUGAUUCCACACCUGCGAGUUAAGGUUCUCCAAAGUACUUAUUAUUCGAGUUGGGUAAACCAGUUCAGCAGACUGAGUCCCCAAUGCAUUUUCCAGUGAUGAUAACUGCCCUUAAAAUUCUUUCAGACCUGGAUAUCUACCUGUGUGAGACCAAGUCUUGAGACUCUAGGACAGAGACCACCACUAGGCACAAACAUCACCUGUUUGCAUGAUUAUGGAGAUGGUCUACAUGAUGUUGAAAAUGCCCCUAGUUUUUUGACAACGGCUAAAUAACCAUGGGGUCAAGUGGACUUGGGAAAGCGGCAACAUUAGAUGAACUGCUGAGCACUUGCAUUGAGAUGUUUGAUGACAAUGGAGAGCUGAAUAAUAGUUAUUUGCCAAGAAUAGUUCUACUUAUGCACCGAUGGUAUUUAUCUUCCACUGAGUUGGCAGAAAAACUUCUCUGCAUGUAUCGAAAUGCCAGUGGAGAAAGCUGUGAUGAAUUUCGAUUAAAGAUCUGUUACUUCAUGAGGUACUGGAUUCUGAAGUUUCCCGCAGAGUUUAAUUUGGACCUCGGUUUGAUCCGUAUGACUGAGGAAUUCCGGGAAGUAGCUAGUCAACUAGGAUAUGAGAAACACGUCAGCCUCAUCGACAUAUCCAGCAUUCCUUCCUAUGACUGGAUGAGAAGAGUCACACAGAGGAAAAAAGUAUCCAAGAAGGGAAAAGCCUGUCUGCUCUUUGACCAUCUGGAGCCCAUUGAAUUGGCUGAGCACCUCACUUUUCUGGAGCAUAAAUCUUUUAGAAGGAUCUCAUUCACUGAUUACCAAAGCUAUGUCAUCCAUGGCUGCCUGGAGAAUAACCCAACCUUGGAGAGAUCUAUUGCUUUAUUUAAUGGAAUCUCUAAGUGGGUCCAGUUGAUGGUUCUAAGCAAACCAACCCCUCAGCAAAGGGCAGAAGUCAUCACAAAGUUUAUCAAUGUUGCCAAGAAGCUCCUUCAGCUCAAAAAUUUUAACACCCUGAUGGCGGUGGUAGGAGGCCUUAGUCAUAGUUCCAUUUCCCGGCUCAAAGAGACCCAUUCUCAUCUUUCUUCAGAAGUUACAAAGAACUGGAAUGAAAUGACGGAGCUGGUCUCCUCCAACGGCAAUUACUGUAAUUACCGCAAGGCCUUUGCUGACUGUGAUGGCUUCAAAAUCCCAAUCCUUGGCGUCCACUUGAAAGACUUGAUAGCAGUCCAUGUCAUUUUCCCAGACUGGAUGGAGGAGAACAAAGUGAACAUUGUGAAAAUGCACCAGCUCUCCGUUACCUUGAGUGAACUGGUCUCCCUACAGAAUGCCUCUCACCACUUGGAACCCAACAUGGAUUUGAUCAACUUGCUCACGCUUUCUCUGGACCUCUAUCACACAGAAGAUGAUAUUUACAAACUAUCACUGGUGCUGGAGCCUAGAAAUUCUAAAUCGCAGCCUACCUCCCCUACGACGCCCACCAAGCCCGUGGUGCCCCUGGAGUGGGCCUCAGGCGUGAUGCCAAAGCCAGAUCCUACAGUCAUCAACAAACACAUAAGGAAAUUAGUUGAGUCUGUGUUUAGAAAUUAUGACCAUGACCAGGAUGGGUACAUCUCCCAAGAGGACUUUGAAAGUAUAGCUGCCAAUUUUCCCUUCUUGGAUUCCUUUUGUGUGCUGGACAAAGAUCAGGAUGGUCUAAUUAGUAAGGAUGAAAUGAUGGCUUACUUCCUGAGAGCUAAGUCCCAACUACACUGUAAAAUGGGACCGGGAUUUGUCCAUAAUUUUCAGGAGAUGACCUAUCUCAAGCCAACCUUCUGUGAACACUGUGCAGGAUUUCUCUGGGGCAUAAUCAAGCAAGGAUACAAAUGCAAAGACUGUGGAGCCAACUGUCAUAAACAGUGCAAAGACCUCCUGGUUCUGGCCUGCCGGAGAUUUGCCCGGGCGCCCUCCUUAGGCAGCGGUCAUGGGUCACUGCCUGGAAGUCCUUCGUUGCCUCCAGUGCAGGAUGAGGUUUUCGAGUUCCCUGGCGUCGCAGCUGGACACCGAGACCUGGACAGCAGAGCCAUCACACUGGUCACAGGCUCCUCUCGCAAGAUCUCCGUGCGGCUGCAGCGGGCCACCACCAGCCAGGCCACCCAGACCGAGCCUGUGUGGUCAGAGGCUGGCUGGGGGGACUCAGGGUCCCACACCUUCCCCAAAAUGAAGUCCAAGUUCCAUGACAAAGCAGCAAAGGACAAAGGCUUUGCCAAGUGGGAAAAUGAGAAGCCCAGGGUGCAGGCUGGUGUGGAUGUUGUUGACCGAGGCACUGCGUUCGAACCAGACCAGGAUGAAGCUGACAUGGUUGAGACCAGACAGGACGGUGAGGAAGGCUGACUUCAGGCUGAGGACACUGAAGGCAACUGUGUUGGCAUUUGGAAGGAGCAAGAUGAGACGCUCUGAAGAACACUCCAAAACUCAGGAAGUUAUCUGAAAAGAUAUCUGGACAUUUACUGCCUUGUGACACUGUGGGAUCUCCCUGAUUGAACUAUGGGACAGAGGACUUACCCUAUGAACUAUUUAUUUCCUCCUUCCCUGCUCCUAGUGAGGUGCCACAAAGACUGUGUUAUGUAGUUGGUAGUUUUCUCUCCUAUCUUUCUCUAGAGCCAUUUAUAUACGGGUGAAAUGAAAGCUUUUGUGCAUGUACUUGAUAUUCAUUCUCUAAACUCAGACUUUGCUUUUUCUGUGAGAAUGUUAUUUCAGUAUUUUUAUAAACUUUUGAGGGGGGUGUUUAACGAGGAGUCGAUUUAGGGGUCUUUUUGUGGGCUUUUUGGACGGGACCAGGACUUACUUUUUUGAGGGACAAGGAAGCUCUUCCAGACUUGGAAGGCAGUGGUUCUUCUAAUGAUGAUCUGCUGCAAGGAGAAGCUGUUUACAUUGUUCUUACCAUACAGUUGCUAUUAUAAUGUGUAACAAGUCACACUUCUAUAAUCAUAUAAGUCUUGCCAAUUCUGUAUCACUAGGUAGCUACGACACAGUCAUGAAAACUAUCCUAAUAUUUAUCAUUGCCAUGGGGGGAAAUUAACUAAAUACAUGUCCCAUCUCACUAGGUUUAGCCAUCUUUCAUAAGACUGCUAUUAAGAAGUAUGAAUAACAAUUAAAAAAAUCAAUUCAAGUUUUUGGGAAUAAAAUUCAGGAGAAAAACAAACCAUCCCUCAAACCCCUUACUGAAAUACAAUUUUUAAAAUUCAACCAGCAAUUUUUAAAACCUCAAAAUAGUUUUGAGAAUUUUGUUUGUUAUAAAAGAAAACUUUCUGGUUGUGAAAGAGAGCUCUCAUGCUCUUCCUCAGAAAUUGCCAUCAUGAUUAAGAAGAGUCAUAGAAAGCAAAUCAUCACAAACCACCUUUGAUUAACAUUUCAUUUAAACUUUUAAAGUAUCAAUAUUUUGAAUAUCUUCCUUUGACCCAACAUUACUAGACGUGGGUCUGUUUCUUACAUGAUGAGAGAAGAAAGAACUUGGUUGAAGACGUUCAAAAAUAGAGAUGGGUUUGAGCCUAUGGCUGAGGAGAAUGACCUGCUACCAAGUGCCCAGUCAGAAACUGGACCCACAGAGGCGCAUUGGUCUGCAUUUGGUAGUUUAAGUAUAUAUAAUCCACAUAAGACUGAAUUUGUUUCUUUUGGGGCAGUCGCUUCAAUAAAAAAAUGCCUUUCUUCUCAUUUUCCAUUAGGUAAAUGAAGACAGUUCUGUUCAACAAACACUUGAGUACCUGCUCUGGGCAGGUCCUAUGUUAGAUGCACAAAGAGGAACAACUCUUCGUCUCUGCCCUUGGGAGCUGAGAGCCCAUGGGCAUUUAAGGCAAGAUGACCCCUUAAAAUAGAGUUUCAAAUUAGGUAGAACUGACUUAAUCAUGCCAAACAGAUUCAGAGAUCAAUUUGCAGAGAUAUUGCAAGUUAAAUGAAGUUAUUAGGUGAGGGAGUUGUGAUUAAGCUCAAAAAUGUAAGAACUCACCAUUUGCGAGCACCUCAGGAAGCAAAUAGCCAUCCCCAGUGUUGGUUCCAUGUAUAUAUACCCUCUAUUCCUAUUCAUAAACGCAAUGAAAUACAUGUUAACAAAAUUAAAAAGAGAAAACGGCAAUUUAAGUACAAGAA